AUGUUGGAUGGGACAUUGGUUCUCAAUCCAGCUAGUAAGUUAUCAGCGUAUCAUGGUUUUGAUUAUGGGAAGUGUAAAUUGAAGUACUACUUUACUCACCAGGGAGGGACCUCCACUGAGCCUGGAUAUGAGGUUGGAAUGACUUCUUGGAACAUUGCAGCAUCACAGAGGUUUUGUGAUGAUAAUGUGUUAAUAGUUUCUUCUGAGAAGUGGAGAACUGAGUUGGGAUUGGAGUGGUCGAGAUUAAGCUUCUGCAUUGGACACGAGUUCACUGACAUGGUUUUCACAGCAUUAUUAACCAGCACCAUUCGAAUGUCCAUUGGCAUUGAUGGAGAAUACUGA